UAACAGGAUUGAGGCUGGUGUGUUUCUUAAACUGGACUGGAGUGUAGUCAUGGAGUAGGAUCCGUAACAGAGUCACACAGGUAGUAGACACCCAGCAUUCUGGUGUUCCCUGGAGAAGGGCUUCACCUCAGUCCUGGAGUGCUGGGACAGGCACUUGCCAUGGCAUCAGAGAACAACAUGCCAAGCCCUAUCUGCCUCAUUGAGAAUGUGAAAGGACAACUGACAGCUAACCAGAAAGCCCUGGAGAUCCUGUCUGCCAUCACACAGCCUGUGGUGGUGGUGGCCAUUGUGGGGCUCUACCGCACAGGCAAAUCCUACCUGAUGAACAGGCUGGCUGGGAAGAGAUCAGGUUUCUCUGUGGGCUCCACUGUGCAGUCUGAAACCAAGGGCAUCUGGAUGUGGUGUGUGCCUCAUCCCAAGAAGCUUGAUCACACCUUAGUUCUACUUGACACUGAGGGCUUGGGAGAUGUGGAGAAAGGUGACAACCAGAAUGACUGUUGGAUCUUUGCCCUGGCUAUACUACUAAGCAGCACCUUUGUGUACAAUAGCAUGGGAGCCAUCAACCAGCAGGUCAUGGACCAGCUGCACUAUGUGACAGAGAUGACACACAGAAUCAGAACAAGAUGCUCCCCUAAGGAUCAUGAUUUAGAGGACUCAGAUGAGUAUGUGAGCUUCUUCCCAGACUUUGUGUGGAGUCUGAGGGACUUCUCUCUUGAGCUGAAAAUACAUGGGCAGCCUAUCUCAGCAGAUGAAUAUUUAGAGAAUUCCCUGAAGCUUCUUAAAGGUACUGGACAAAAUGAAAAAGAUCUAAAUCUGCCUCGAAUCUGUAUCCGUAAAUUCUUCCCAACUAAGAAAUGCUUUGUCUUUGAGCGCCCUGCACUCGGGAAGAAGCUUAACCAGCUGGAAUCACUGCAGGACCAAGACCUGGACCCUGACUUCGUGGAACAAGUGGCAGAGUUCUGUUCCUAUGUGUUCAGGUCUUCCAAGGUUAAAACCAUUUCAGGAGGCCUCAGGGUCAACGGACGACGACUAAAGAGUUUGGUGACAACCUAUGUCGAUGCCAUCAGCAGUGGGUCUAUACCCUGCAUGGAGAGUGCUGUCCUGGCUUUGGCCCAGAUAGAGAAUUCAGCUGCAAUGCAAAGGGCCAUUGCUCACUAUGACGAGCAGAUGGGUCAGAGUGUGAAGCUCCCCACAGAGACGCUCCAGAAGCUGCUGGACAUGCACAGGACCUAUGAGAAAGAAGCCACCAAGAUCUUCAUCGAAAAUUCCUUCAAAGAUGAUAAUCAAGUGUUCCUAACAAAAUUGGAGAUGAAAUUAGAACAAGAGCAAAAGGAAUUCUGUAAGAAGAAUCAAGAAGCAUCCUCAGAUCGAUGCUCAGCUCUGCUUCGGGAUAUUUUCGGUCCACUAGAGGAAGAUGUGAAGCAGGGUGUUUUUUACAAACCACGUGGUUACUGUCUUUUUAACCAGAAGAUACAGGAGUUAAAGAAAAAGUACUAUGAAGAACCUGGGAAGGGGGUGCAGGCUGAAGAAGCUCUCAAAAACUAUUUUCAGUCAAAAGAGGAUAUAAUAGAUGCAAUUCUACGGGCAGACCAAGCUAUGACAGAAAGGGAAAAGGAGAUUGAAGUGGAGCGUGUGAAAGCUGAAGCUGCAGAGAAUGCCUCAAAACUGCUGGAGAAAAUGCGAAAGAAGAAUGAGCAGUUUAUGGAACAGAAGGAGCAGAGAUAUCAGGAGCACAUAAAACAGUUGACUGAGAAGAUGGAGAAGGAACGGGCACACAUGGAGGAGGAGUUUCAGAGGGCCCUUGAGCACAAAUCUCAGGAAGAGAAGAAAAUCCAGCAGGAGUAUGAAAGACUUGAAGAAGAGAAUAAGCAUCUCCGGGAGAAGGAAGCCAGUCCCAAAUGCAUCAUAAGCUAAAGGCCUGACAAACAGCGCUGUCCAGCCACCCAAAGCAGAACUGAACAGCAUGUAGAAUUGGGAACAAGCAGCACCCUACUUGAUAAUAAUUGGUUCUGGCAUCAGAAAACUAAAAGUCAGGAAAGACACUCAGGGCAAUUGUUGAAAUCGUGUUUAUCUUCCUUAAGACUGUGUGCAGAGGACAUCACUGACUCUCUACCAUGGUAGAGGGAUCAACAGACUACUCAGAAGAAAGUCACUUUUCCAAAUAAUUGUCUCCAGGGAACAAAUGGACCCUGAACACAUUCUUAAAUCUUGGUGCAUGGUUAGAAAACAAGUUAUCUAGGGGUGUGAUUGGUCUGAAGGACAGGACUAGACAGCUUCAUUUCUUACAAUGUAAAGUUGUAGGAUUCACUGCACUGUGAAUCAAGACACCUGCAUGGACACCUAGGAUCCCAAUAUAUAAUAUCCACAAGAUGGGAGAGAACCAUUAGCAUGACAAGAAGCUGAAGCACAAAUGGAUGGGCUGAAGAUGCAAUUGUUUCCGUUCACAUAGGUUAAAACUGUAAUGGAUUCUUUCCAAAUUGAACAGUUGGCACUGGCUUACAUAGUAGUGAAAUGCUCAAGCACAAUGUAGAGCAGUAACUUGAAAGACAGACUUUAAAGGAUGAUGGGUAAUCUGUUAGAUAUUAAAAGUACUUUAGUGAUUUAUUUGUAACCAUAAACUCACACUUGUAUUUCCCUAUUAUUAGCAUCUGUAGUUGAAAUCCGUUUGAUUUUUCCCUAGGCAGAAUAAAGGCUCUUGUUCCCA